CCCAUGAAAAUUCCCACAAACAAAUCCUCAUAUCACUGCGUCUAAUCAAAUAUAGUGUCUCAUCAACUACCCCGAUAACAGAAUCUGACAUUGAUCUUCCAAACAAAUACUUAUAGUAGCACCUCAUGGCGCGACAAAAGCUCAACUUACUAUUGUUGCUAUCCAUGAUUUGUGUUUCUGGUUUGCUAUCCGAGCCCGUUUUGGCUAGAACUAGUAGGAGCUCGCGCUCUAGAUCGAGGGCCUACAUCAUGGCAGCUUGCAAGCGCACCCGCUACCCUUCCUUAUGUUAUCAAUGCCUCUCGGGCAUGGCUAGCAGAGGCAGGAUCGAGACGCCCCACCAGGUGGCCCAGGCAGCCUUGAGCGUGGCUUUGUACAAGGCCAUGUACACGAGGGCAUACAUGAUGAAGGUGGCUAAGGUGCUGAAGGCCAUGAAUCCAAAGGGCCGUGAUUAUCAGUCCAUCCAAGACUGCACCAACCAGUUAAGUAGUGGGAUAUACCAGAUGACUCAGUCCAUUAACGAGCUACGUCGACUGGGUCAUGGGCCCGUUGGAAAUGACUUCUACUUUCACAUGAGCAACAUCGAGACAUGGAUCAGUACUACCAUCACCGAUGCCAUGAUGUGCGUUGAGGAAUUUCCAGGACAUAGGAUGGGAAAGGUAAAGGCUACGAUCAAAGGGAAGGUUUUGAAUGUGGCCAUGACUGCAAGCAAUGCACUGUAUCUGUUCCAUUCGUUUGCCCAAAAAUAUGUGGCUGCAAGAGCCCUACAUAAGCCCUGAUAGGCAAAUCACAUCCUCUUAAGUACAUUAGGGUUCGCUCUUUCUAGUUUUUCAUUUGUUAAAUCCCUUUUUCAAAUGUAAUAAACAAAUCUAAGUUUGUUCAGAUGGUCAAUGUAAUUGAAAAACAUAUACAUAAAGUCAUACAUGUUAAUGUGAAAAUGGAAAGUU